AUGUCCGAAGCGAGCACCUCGAGCAGCUCACCUCUUGUUCCUCGGCGACAUCGCCGUGGGCUGACUCGCAUUGCUGCUGCCUGUGAACGGUGUAGACGGCGGAAGCAAAAGUGUGAUGGCAGAACCCCAACAUGUGGUGCAUGUGAGACUGCUGGCGCGAGCUGUAUCCAAUCAGGUCGACUAGUAGUGCACCAAUCAAAUAGUGAGCGGGAUGCGCUACGGUCUCAGUUGAAACACCUGCAGCAACAGCACAAUUCAUUGUUGCAACAAUUUGACCAGUUACGAGCUGAGGUUCCUCGACGUGAUUCCGGGAGUGUGUCGGACGUGCUUUCUAAAGGAACUCUCACUAUGGUUCCUUCUGUAUUGCAACAGCAUGACCGGGCGCUCAAUUCGGACAUCCCCUACUUUGGCCGAAUCCUGCGGCCUACGUUCUCCAGGCGAUCAACUGUCAGGAACCUGGAUUGGAGUGCGCUAAGUAGCGCUUGGGAUCUAUGGGGAGAUGACGCAGUGCCAACCCAUGUGCACCAGGCGUCCUUCGUCCCAGUGGACUUUGAUGUGAAUGCAUAUAGGAGCCUGGUGGACACUUUCUUUGACGGCAGAUGGCCGUAUUUACCGGUCCUCCACCGUCCAUCAUUCACCUCAAAGCAUCUGACUCCAUUUCUUUCCAAGUCAACAACAAGUCCAAUAUCCAACUUUAUGGUCAAUAUGGUCUGUGCUAUUGCAGCCACUGAAAAAUCAUGGCUUCAGCAUGAAGACGGCCAGUCUCAUCGGGCCUUUUUCAGUCGUGCUGUACAGGAUCUGCACAUAGUCAUGGGCAUUGAUGACUUAGAAUGCGUACAGUGCCUGCUGCUUCUAUGUAUGUACGGGCAUAAUGAACCGCAAUCUGUGAACAUGUGGUAUACGACGAGUCUUGCGCUCCAAUUGGCGAUUGGAACUGACUUGCACCGCAAGGAAAGCCUGACCGGCCAGAGUCUGCUUUGCACAGAGAUGUCAAAGAGAGUCUUCUGGUGCUCGUAUGUCAUGAGUUGCAAUAUGGCUAUCAACAUGGGUCGGCCCUUGGGGAUUCACGAAUCCGACAUCACAACACCAUUACCGCUUCCUUUGGCCGAUGACCAAUUAAGUGAUUCGUGCAUUCACCCUUCACUCUCCCAGACGGCGAUAUCUCAAGUCCCAGACACGUCGGCUUUCAUUCAUAUCAUUCAGCUGCGAAAAAUCAACGCGGCGAUAUACCAGUCAUUCCACUCGAUAGGGCGAUGCACCAAUGAUUCCCAGGGACUUGACUCGUUGCGAACACGGUACUUUUCCGAAUUGAAUCAGUGGCUCAUGACCGCCCCACGGUAUCCCCGACCGUUUUGCACUUUUCAAACCAAUGAGUGGUUCCAUAUUGCAUUUCACCAUGCGAUGUUGUCCCUCUACCGGCCCUCUCGGGCUAUUCCGAUGCCAUCGUCCGAGGACCUUCGGAUAUGUAUGGAAUCUGCGAUUGGUCUGAUAAGCUCAUACACCUCCCUGUAUGCUAGAAACCGGAUCAAAUAUACUUUUGUGGCCAUACAUUCCCUGUUCAUGGCGGCUGUUGCGAUGCUUUACGCUCUUCGGGCGUCUCCGCCAUUGCGGCAGGAAUUAACACAUCCGGUUGUACAAACCAACAUCGUCACCUUCCUCACGCUUUUCCGCGGAAUUUCAAAUGGCCGGGCUGUAGGGAAGAAAUGCUGCCGGAUCAUUGAACGACUGGGUAAUUCUAUUCUGUCGCUGUUUGAUGAUGUAACCAUACCGAGUGCCGAAGUGGACACUGAGUUCCAAUCGUGGUUUGGUCUACAAACUCAUACGUUUCCGGCCGCCACGGAAAAUCAACGCGGAGGGUUGCUGGACAAUGAGACUCCACAAUUUUCCGAGAUCGACCUUCCAUGGGCGGAUCUGUUUGUCGAGGGCAUCGACAUGGGUUCUACCGAUGUUUCGGGAUUUUUCUGUUGA